AUGAAGCUCGCGUUGGUAGCCGCUCUCGUGGGGGGCCUAAUGGUCUCAGGCGCGUUUGCGGCCGCGGCCAAGGAGGUUGCUGACCUGGAGGACAACGAGAACUAUGUUGAGGAGUUCACCUAUCUGCUGUCCACAGACCUCUCCCACAGGCAGCACGCCGACACCAUCCGCAGCAUCGACACCGUGCUCUGGGGCAGCGGCCUGACCUCUGCAGGCAUGCACAAGUGCGCCAAGAAGUGCAAGAAGGAGGGCUCCGGCGGCGUCUGCAUGGCCUGGACGAUGUGCUGGGACUCGCGCCGCUGCAACCUCUUCUCUCGCCUGCCCAGCCCCCUUACGCCCGCCAAGCCCAGCAGUGCGGUCAACCUCCUGGCCCAAAGGGGGGCCGGCACGUACAACGCAAAGUGCGCCAGCGGCUACUCCAAGGCCGCUGCGACAACCGAGGCGCUGGCCGCCGAGUGCCCGGCGGCCAUCCAGCGCAACACCCUGUUUGGAGACGUGCCCCUCUCCUUCAUGGACGGCAACCGCA